GAACAAUAUUUUAAAUUAGUGUAAUAAAAUGUGUAAGUUGGUAACGAGUAAGGAGUAAGUUACUCGAUGCGCUGACCCGAACAACCCGUAGCCCGAUCCGCCCGCAACCCGCCCGGCCCAAAACUCGAUGAACCCGCUACCCGAUUGAACCCGGUCCCGAUGAACUCGCAACCCGACUAACCCGCAAGCCGUUUGAACCCGAACCCGAUGAACCCGAACCCGACGAACCUGUAACCCGAUGAACCCAAAACUCAACUAACCCGCAACUCGAUUGAACCCAGCCCAAACCCGCCCGAUUGACACCUAAUUAUAGAAGGAUAAAAAAUUGUUUUGGAUCGAAAUGGGCUCAAAACGUUCCAGAGAAAGAGUACCAAAGGGCUAUUGACAUGCUAAAAAUGUUAGAAUAGCAAGCAGGGCCCAAUCCCCGCCCCUAUAAUUCUAUCUAAUCUACAUAGUUAAAACUUAAAAUACAGUUAAACAAUAGAAAACAGUACUGAAGAUGCUGAAUGUCAAAUCUUCAAUUUGCUGUCACGUUCUGUACAUGCAUGCUAGUGUCUCGUUCCAGUAGUCUCACGCGUCAUUGCUGUACAUUGCUACCUAUAUUAUUUGGUCAUAAAAGGUCUAUAGUGACCAAAUUGCCUGGAAAGGUUCUUGCUAAAUUCAGCUAAUUUGGUUAGUUACUUUGACACAACCUAAAAGUAUGAUUGCACGUAAAUUAUACAUAUUGUCUAUGUUUGAUCCGAUUUAUAGGAGACAAUAUUAUUUAAUAUAAAAGAAAUCUAACAAGAUUCAUUUUGACUACUUUUUAUUUUUUUAAUUUAUUUUAUUUUAUAUUAUAAUCCUUUUUAAUAACUUUACAUCACAUUUUAUAUUAAAAAUACUUCUAAUAGUAUUUCAGCCAAACACACAACUGCUUUAAUUGAAAAAUAUUUUUCUAAAAGCUUAAACCAUUACAAAACGCACCACGGGACCAAACUAAGCAUCCAGCCAUAUAUCCACCCAAAUUAUUGCCCUUGCUUUCGCUUUCCGUCCCUUUCACGAUUUGUCAUUUCGUUUUGCUCGUGUUUUAUUAUUAUUCCCACCACACUUUAGUUUAUCAUAAACUUGAUUCGAAGAUCGAAGUAACGUAGACAAAAACUAUAUAAGAUAUCAAUUUUAACGUAAAAUAUUAAAAGAUUUGCAAGCUAGCUUGUAUGAGAUAGAUCUGACUUACGUCGGUAUAUUGAACUGUUCCAUGAUAAUAUCCAAGUUUUUUUUUUUUACCAAGGGAAGUUGUUAUUUUGAGUAUUGUUUUGGCCUCUCUUAUUAUGCUGGAUGUGCUUGCAUCGUUUCUCAUAUUUGAGGAACUUCUCCAUUUUUUAAUAUUAUCAAGUGAAUAUAUUUAACUUUCUCGUCAUGGUAAAUUAGGGACGCCAUUGUGUUAUGCAUUCCGAUUCCCAUGAGUUUCGGGUUCGAGAGAGGUUCGGUAUUACCAGAAGUAAAUAUAGGGUUCACGUAGCCCUAACUAGAGGUAAAUGUAAGUAUGUAACGAUGAGAAAGUGACAUAAAGAGUUUUCGAAUCAUUUAUUUGGAAUAUAUAGUAAUUGCCUAAUUGGACAACCCAAUUUCAUAGAAUGAAGUCUAGACAACAUAUAUAAUGGAUACAGAAAGGUAGAUGGAUUUAGUAUCGUUUCGAUCCCAAGGUCUUCGAGGAUAGUAACCUAGUUCUCUUUUCCCUUAAAAUGCCCAUUGCUUGCUUAAUGUAUGCACCAUCUCUGGGGAGGGAGCAGUGAAACACAUUAUUUGUGAUGAAGGUUGAAACCAUUCAAAAUCCGAUCCUGGACGUGCCUGGCGUGUGGAUAAUCCAAUCAAACCAUUCAAAGUCCAUACAAUCCUAACCAAAAUUUUCCUCAAUUCCAUACAUCGAAUAUCAAGAUACAUUACAACAAAAAAAAGCUUUUCGUGAACAAAUAAUUUUGGUAGCAGAAUUGUUCGCUAUAGCCGCGUUACUAAUUCCUAUCGCAACCAAAUUGCUGAUUGGUAGUGAAAACGAAAUCAAUCGCAACCCAUGAUACAUUUUAUGAUUUUUUGCGACCACUCUUGUGGUUGUCAUAGGUUUUGAUAUUGGUGGCGAAAUAUUGAUGAUUGGUCACCAAAAGUACUAAUGACAACUAAUACUUUUGGACACCAAAAAUAUUAACAGUGAAUAUACAAUUUGGUUGGGAAAUUUACAUAUGGCAACCAAUUACAACAUUAUGAAACCAAUUAAUUUGGUUAUAGAGGUUUGGAAAAACCAUUAAAUUUGUUCGUGAAAAUACAUAUGGCGACCAAAAUGUAAUUUUAGACGACUAAUUUUUGGGAUUUUAAAGGUUCAAUAGAACCAUAAAAUUUGGUCGUGAAAAAUACAUACGGCAACCAAUCAUGUAAUUUUAGACGACUAAUUUUUGUGGUUUUAAAAGUUCAAUAUAACCAUAAAAUUUGGUCGUGAAAAUUUAGUACGACAACCGAUUAAAUUUGGUUGUAUAAAAAGCAAAGGACAAACAAUAAUUUUGGUUAUGAAAGUUCAAUACAAUAAAGAAAUUUGGUCUGGAAAUAUGAACAUCAACCAAUCAUAUCUCCAAAUCUAAAUUGAAAUUAUGGUGAAAAUGAUUUAAUUUCGUAUAUAACAUAACUGUAUUGAACCAAAAUCAUGGUUACAUAAUUUUCAUUGAACAAUUAAUUGUACACAUGAUUCUGUUAUACUUAAAAUGACAAAUCAUUCUUUCCAAUAUAUUAAACAAUUAAUUGUAUACAUGAUUCUUAACUCAUGCAACAAAUCCAAUGGCUUCGGAGUGACUAGCUCAAUUUCCACUAUAUAACUUGGAAAAAUACCUUUUUAACACCAUCUGCAACCAACAAAAGACAGUAAACAUCUAAGUAAGAGAUGGAAGAUGAAAGUUUCAUGUAAACAGAAAUACAUUUUUAACACCGUUGCCUUCAAAAUUCAAGGAGAACGACAUUUCUAAAAAAUUGCCAGAAAUCGGUGAUGGUACUCCUGAAAAUUUGCCAAAAUGGCCACGGAAAUAUUCAGUCCGAAUCGGAGUUUAAUAGACUUAUUCAUCUCUAAAGAAUAGCCUCAGUCUAAAUUUGAGAUCCGAAGCCUUCAAAAUCAAAGCAAAACGGUCUUUCGAAAAUAUCACCGAAAAAUUACGAAAAUGACCCCUUCCAAAAAAUCGCCCGCAAUCGGUUAUGGUACCCCCUUUGGAAUCUGCAAAAAAUGGUCACGGAAGUAUUUCGCCCGAAUCGGUGUUUAAUAGACUUAUUCAUCCCUAAAGAAUAGCCUCAGGCUGAAUUCGUGAUCCGUAGCCUUCAAAAUCCAAGCAAAACGGCCUUUUGAAAAUAUCGCCGAAAAAUUUACGAAAAUCACCCCCCCCCCCCCCCCCCCCCCCCCCGGUACAAGUUCAACCAAAUUUCUGCCCAAAUCGGCGAUUAGUAGACUUCAUCAUUGGUAGAGAGUACCCUAAGGAUGAAUCUGUGAUCCGUCGCCUUCAAAAUCCAAGGAAAACGGCAUUUCCAAAAAAUCGCACGAAAUCGGUGAUGGUACCCCUUUGGAAUCUGCCAAAAAUAGCUUCGGAAAUAUUCCGCCCGAAUCGUUGUUUAAUAGACUUAUUCAUCCCUAAAAAAUAACCUCAGGCUGAAUUCGUGAUCCGUAACCUUCAAAAUCCAAGCAAAAUGGCAUCUCGAAAAUAUCGCCAAAAAAUUACGAAAAUGCCCUCCUAAAAAGUACGACCAAAUUUCGUCCCAAAUCGGCGAUAAGUAGACUUCAUCAUCGGUAGAGAGUACCCUAAGGAAGAAUCUGUGAUCCGUCGCCUUCAAAAUUCAAGGAGAACGACAUUUCUAAGAAAUCGCACGAAAUCGGUGAUGGUACCCCUUGAAAAUCUGCCAGAAAUGGCCCCGGAAAUAUUUUGCCCGAAUCGGUCUUUAAUAUUCUGCGAUCUGUGACCCGUCGCCUUCAAAAUUCAAGGAAAACGGCAUUUCCAAAAAAUCGCCCUAAAUCGGUGAUGGUACCCCUUUGGAAACUGCCAAAAAAGACCCGGAAAUAUUCUGCCCGAAUCGGUGUUUAAUAGACUUAUUCAUCCCUAAAGAAUAGCCUCAGGCUGAAUUCGUGAUCCGUAGCCUUAAAAAUCCAGGCACAAAGGCCUUUCGAAAAUAUCGCCGAAAAAUUACGAAAAUGCCCCCCGAAAAGUUUCGACCAAAUUUCUGCCCAAAUCGGCGAUUAGUAGACUUCAUCAUUGGUAGAGAGUACCCUAAGGACGAAUCUAUGAUCCAUCACAUUCAAAAUCCAAGGAAAACGGCAUUUCCAAAAAAUCACCCGAAAUCGGUGAUGGUACCCCUUUGGAAACUGCCAAAAAUGGCCUCCGAAAUAUUCCGCCCGAAUCGGUGUUUAUUAGACUUAUUCAUCCCUAAAAAAUAGCCUCAGACUGAAUUCGUGAUCGGUAGCCUUCAAAAUCCAAGCAAAACGGCCUUUCGAAAAUAUCGCCAAAAAAUUACGAAAAUGCCCCCCGAAAAGGUUCGACCAAAUUUCUGCCCAAAUCGGCGAUUAGUAGACUUCAUCAUUGGUAGAGAGUACCCUAAGGACGAAUAUAUGAUCCGUCGCCUUCAAAAUCCAAGGAAAACGACAUUUCCAAAAAAUCGCCCGAAAUCGGUGAUAGUACCCCUUUGGAAACUGCCAAAAAUGGCCACGGAAAUAUUCCCCCCGAAUCGGUUUUUAAUAGACUUAUUCAUCCCUAAAGAAUAGCCUCAGACUGAAUUCGUGAUCCGUAGCCUUCAAAAUCCAAGCAAAACGGCCUUUCGAAAAUAUCGCCAAAAAAAUUACGAAAAUGCACCCCGAAACAGUUCGACCAAAUUUCUGCCCAAAUCGGCGAUUAGUAGACUUCAUCAUUGGUAGAGAGUACCCUAAGGACGAGUCUGUGAUCCGUCGCCUUCAAAAUCCAAGGAAAACGGCGUUUCCAAAAAAUCUCCCGAAAUCGGUGAUGGUAACCCUUUGGAAACUGCCAAAAAUGGCCCCGGAAACAUUCCGCCCGAAUCGGUGUUUAAUAGACUUAUUCAUCCCUAAAGAAUAGGCUCAGGCUGAAUUCGUGAUCCGUAGCCUUCAAAAUCCAAGCAAAACGGCCUAUCGAAAAUAUCGCCGAAAAAUUACGAAAAUUCCCCCUGAAACAGUUCGACCAAAUUUUUGCCCAAAUCGGCGAUUAGUAGACUUCAUCAUUGGUAGAGAGUACCCUAAGGACGAGUCUGUGAUCCGUCGCCUUCAAAAUCCAAGGAAAACGGCGUUUCCAAAAAAACGCCCGAAAUCGGUGAUGGUGUACCAUUUGGAAAUUGCCAAAAAUGGCCACGGAAAUAUUCCCCCUGAAUCGGUUUUUAAUAGACUUAUUCAUCCCUAAAGAAUAGCCUCAAGCUGAAUUCGUGAUCCGUAGCCUUCAAAAUCCAAGCAAAACUGCCUUUCGAAAAUAUCGCCCAAAAUUUACAAAAAUGCCCCCCAAAACAGUUCGACCAAAAAUCUGCCCAAAUCGGCGAUUAGUAGACUUCAUCAUUCGUAGAGAGUACCCUAAGGACGAGUCUGUGAUCUGUCGCCUUCAAAAUCCAAGGAAAACGGCGUUUCCAAUAAAUCGCCCGAAAUUGGUGAUGGUACACCUUUGGAAACUGCCAAAAAUGGCCACGGAAAUAUUCCGCCCGAAUCGGUGUUUGAUAUACUUAUUAAUCCCUAAAGAAUAGCCUCAGGCUGAAUUCGUGAUCCGUAGCCUUCAAAAUCCAAGCAAAACGGCCUUUCGAAAAUAUCGCCAAAAAAAUUACGAAAAUGCACCCCGAAACAGUUCGACCAAAUUUCUGCCCAAAUCGGCGAUUAGUAGACUUCAUCAUUCGUAGAGAGUACCCUAAGGACGAGUCUGUGAUCUGUCGCCUUCAAAAUCCAAGGAAAACGGCGUUUCCAAUAAAUCGCCCGAAAUUGGUGAUGGUACACCCUUGGAAACUGCAAAAAAUGGCCCCGGAAAUAUUCCGCCCGAAUCAGUGUUUAAUAGACUUAUCCAUCCCUAAAGAAUAGCCUCAGACUGAAUUCGUGAUCCGUAGCCUUCAAAAUCCAAGCAAAACGGCCUUUCGAAAAUAUCGCCGAAAAAUUACGAAAAUGCCCCCCGAAAACGUUCGACCAAAUUUCUGCCCAAAUCUGCGAUUAGUAGACUUCAUCAUUCGUAGAGAGUACCCUAAGGACGAGUCUGUGAUCUGUCGCCUUCAAAAUCCAAGGAAAACGGCGUUUCCAAUAAAUCGCCCGAAAUUGG